GACUGCAGAUGAAAUUAGUGACUGGUGGGGUCGUGGGGUGUGAACGGUGGGCAGGAGCAGCUGUGUCAGUUGGUGUGUUUCUGUUUCUGUUUGGGUAAUUGGGCACGGCCUUUGUGUAACUGGUGAGUAUCUCUGAACCUGUGCAUGAAACAGAGAGAUGUCCUAACUCUGGGUGAGAGGAAUCCUCUUUUUUCUCUGCCCUCUCACUGUGGCAUCCUAAGAAAAAAGUUUUGGGGUCCUGCAGCAUGAAGGAGUGCCCUGCUCCCAGAAUGUGGGAGCCCCAGAUUUCUUCCAGGUUAUGGAGGCAUCAACAUGUCAGUCUGGGAAAGGGGUUCCUGGGCCACUCCAGGAGCUGAGUUGGGUGGAAGGUGCUGAGGGUGUGGUUGGGGGCCACUUCUGAGCACCCACAUGGCACCCACUGCUGGUACCUGUUUGUGGCUGGGCACUCAGGAAAAUGUUUUUGGUGCUAAGAGUAAAAAGCCAACCAACAAACACAUCUUUUUUUUCUGUCUAUUCACUGGAAAAGUAAGAGGAGUCUGGGCCCAGGCUGGGGACCCAGAUGGAACUGAAACUUAUCCCUGCUCUCAAGGUGCUCACGGUUGCUGUUAAACAGCCAGAUAAAAUGAAGGGUCUAUGAGUGAGGGAUGCAGAGCCAGGGAAGGCUGGUGGAGUGAUGCCACCAGCACAGGGGUAUGAGUUUGCAGCUGCCAAGGGGCCAAGGGAUGAGCUGGGGCCCUCCUUCCCAAUGGCAUCUCCCCCUGGUCUGGAACUGAAGACACUGAGCAAUGGUCCUCAAGCCCCAAGGAGAUCAGCUCCCCUGGGCCCGGUGGCCCCAUCCAGGGAGGGUGUGGAGAAUGCCUGCUUCUCCUCAGAGGAGCACGAGACCCAUUUCCAGAACCCUGGGAACACGAGACUGGGCAGCUCACCCAGUCCCUCUGGGGGUGUCUCCUCACUGCCCCGAUCCCAACGGGAUGAUCUGUCCCUGCAUUCAGAGGAGGGGCCAGGCCUGGAGCCCGUGAGUCGCCCGGUGGAUUAUGGCUUUGUUUCCGCCCUUGUUUUCCUGGUGAGUGGGAUUCUUCUGGUGGUGACAGCAUACGCCAUCCCCCGUGAGGCUCGAGUCAAUCCGGACACAGUGACAGCGCGAGAGAUGGAACGACUAGAAAUGUACUACGCCCGCCUAGGCUCCCACUUGGACAAGUGCAUCAUCGCAGGCCUGGGGCUGCUCACGGUGGGCGGCAUGCUCUUGUCGGUGCUGCUCAUGGUCUCCCUGUGCAAGGGCGAGCUGUACCGCCGGAGGACCUUCGUCCCCGGCAGGGGCUCCAGGAAGACCUAUGGCUCCAUUAACCUGCGCAUGAGACAGCUCAAUGGGGAUGGGGGCCAGGCCCUGGUGGAGAAUGAAGUUGUCCAGGUCUCAGAGACUAGCCACACCCUCCAGAGGUCUUAAGUACUCCCACCUUAUCUGGCUGCUUUAGCUCCAGUGCCACAAGAUCUCCCCACACCCGCCCCCCCGCCAAGGCCUGGGGUUUCAAACUGAGCUCACAUAGGGGCUUGUGGAAGAAGUACUGGGUACUGGAGGGAGAGCUCGGGGCCCAGCCCAUGCCCCACAUGGGCAAGCAGCCCACUGGUCUGUUUUGUAGCUGAGGUUUUGCAUACGGUUUUGUUUGGAGGAUGGCUUCUGCUGCUAAAAAUACAAAAGUUUGGAAACCGCUG